UAAACCAUGACACUCAUUCAAAUACCAUAUAGGUGUAUCAUCCAAACAUUCUUGCACAUUUUGCUCUUCACCACUUUCUCCAAUGCUCAAUUUCCAUCAAAACAAGACUCAAUUUGUAGCAAUACUUUAUAUCCAACCUUUUGCAAAUCAAUUCUUGCAAAUCAUCAAUUUCAUACAAACAAAACCGAGAAUCUUAGUCGACUUUUCAUCAACCAAUCUUUAUACAUGACAAACAAUUUCAAGUUUUUAGUAAAUCGAUAUCUUCAAUCAUCUAACCAAUAUAACGUGUCACAAAUAACUAAAUAUGCCCUCCAAGAUUGUGAAUUCCUCACUAAUCUUAACAUCGAUUUUCUUUCAGUUACGUCUAAUUUACUUAAGACAGACAAUGUCUUAAAUAACAUAGACAUUAAUCAUGUCCAAACAAUGCUUAGUGCAACCAUGACCAAUUUAGACAGUUGCUAUGAUGGGCUCAAAGAGGUAAAUUAUGAUAAGCAAACUCAAGUCAUUCAUGAUCUUUCACCUCAAAUCUCAAAUGUCACAAUGAUUUAUAGCCUUUCCCUAGACUUUUUCACCAAAGGUUGGGUAACAAAAAUUAAACCAAAUAAUAAUAAUAAUAAUAAUAAUAAUAAUAAUAGUAAUAAUAGGAGGUUAUUUGAAAUAGGGGAAAUGAGAAUAGUGGUAAAUGCUAUGGUAGUGGUAAAUCCUAAUGGGAGUGGAAAUUUUACAACUAUCAAUGAUGCAAUUGCUUCAGCACCAAAAGACACAAAGGAAAUUAGUGGGUAUUUUGGGAUAUAUGUGAUAGCUGGUGUCUAUGAAGAAUAUGUUAGUAUUCCUACUAAUAAACAGUACUUGUUCAUGCUUGGUGAUGGCAUUGGUCAAACAAUUAUUACUGGUAAUCGGAGCGUCAAGGGUGGAUCCACAACUUUCAGAUCUGCUACAUUUGCUGUAACAGCCACAGGAUUUGUAGCAGCAAACAUAACCUUCCGCAACACAGCUGGACCCGAAAUGCACCAAGCCGUAGCCCUUCGAAACGGAGCUGAUCUUUCCACCUUCUACCAAUGUAGCUUCGAAGGCUAUCAAGACACACUCUACGCACACUCAAUGAGACAAUUUUAUAAACAAUGUGACAUUUAUGGCACAGUCGAUUUUAUAUUUGGUAACGCUGCAACCGUCUUACAAAAUUGUAACAUAUACCCAAGACGACCCUUACUAGGCCAAUCUAACCUAAUAACAGCCCAAGGCCGAACCGACCCGAACCAAAAUACAGGAAUCUCAAUCCAUAAUUCCAUAAUAAAACCUAGUAAUGACUUAAUUUUGAGUAAUUUUACCGUUAAGAAUUAUUUAGGACGGCCUUGGAAGGAAUAUUCAAGAAGUGUAUACAUGCAAUCAUAUAUGGAUAGUUUGAUUGAGCCUGUUGGGUGGUUGGAAUGGUCAGGAAGUUUUGCCCUAAAUACAUUGUAUUAUGGUGAGUACAAUAAUAAUGGACCCGGGUCUAAUACUAUUAAUCGGGUUACUUGGCCCGGUUAUCAUGUGAUUAAUGAGACUAUUGCUUCUUAUUUUACAGUUUCUUAUUUUAUUGUAGGUAACUUUUGGUUACCCUCCACUGGGGUACCCUAUACUGCUGAUUUAUUUUGAACUUAUUUGUAAUAUUGUACUAAUUAUCUCUUAAAUGUGUUUUU